AUUUGAUUAAUAUUAGUAAUAGAAGUACAAUAGAAACUUUAGACUCGCCGUUUAGACUCCGCGAAUUUGUAGUAUGAAAACGCUUUCAUAUACAGGGAUAAUCAGCUACUUAUUAUAGACAAUGUGAGUGAAUUCCUUAAGCUUACACAACUGAACGAGAGUUGUGAAAUUUUUUGGAAGCAAAAAUGGAAUUUUACGACGCUGAAGAGUUUGAUGGAGAAUCAUUUGAUCUAGAAAGCCCGCUAGAUGAAGUAGUUUUACCUUAUCAAGAAGAGGAUUGGGAACUUUCAAAUGAGUCGCAACAACAAGUCCCAUAUGCUGAUGGAAACAUCCAGUGGGAAGACUUAGUCCCGUACACGCAGGAACAGUUAGCUUCGUUUUAUCGCAACGGUUUAUUAGAACGAAGCAGCAUCUAUACAGACCAAUUUUUGGAAAACUCAAAAGACCAUAACUCUGAUUUGAAACAAUUAUUAAUAACGCUUAAAAAAGCGACCGAAGUCGUUUGCCAGUUACAAGAUGAAUGCAAGGAGCGUAAUAUCAACAUUCAAGGCUUAUGUCAGCGUGUUUUCGACAACGAAGUAGGACAAGUGAAAGCCGAAGGAUACUGCCAAGAUAAACGUAAAGUUCAUACAAUCCAUCCGUAUACUACAUGUAAAUUCAACGAAGCAGUCGCGUCAGAAUUAGGUGUUGCUAUUCUAGAUUGUCAGCAUUUAGCGGUGGAAGACACGAUGCUUGCUAUGUACACCAGGACUCUAACAAGACUACAGUGUGAGCAAUAUCUUUUUAAUGCUGCCACAAAUGUCCGAUAUCACACUAAAAAUUAUAAUGAAAACACUGAUUCAAUUAAAUCCUCGAUACUUGUGAAACUCGCUGAAGAAUCAAUAGACGUUGUACGCCAGUGCAUAAAUACGUUGUUCUAUUUUCUUCGUAAAGAAGAGGAAGUAGACACUUCUUUUGGCGUAAUUAUUCAAGGCUGGAUUUGCCAACUUGUUUGUUUGUUGUUUGAAAUUACUAAAGGUGAUUAUCAAAAUUUAGUUAAUGAAGAACUAUUUAUUACUAAUCAUAUCAUUCGUUGUCCACCAAAGUCACAAUCUUGGGCAGAAAAUAUUGUUCAAAUUUCGUCCCCCAGCAUUGAGUCUGAUUACUGGAGCCAAAAACUGUUUCUAGACCAUGUAAUACAUAUGUUGUUUUUAAUUUUACGUGCGCCGAAGGGUCGCGGAGAAUUUUUGUCUGGAUCGAAGUCAAUAAUGUCUUUGCAGAACCAGACUUCUUCGGAAGAUAAUUGGACUUUUCUAGAUGAAAACGGGGAUGAUUUAAAAGGUGUUGGAAGCCAGUGGCAUAUUCUACCUAAAGAAAGCGAUAUGGUGUCUUUAUAUAGACAAAUUCCUUUCGAAAAAGUAUUAUCGCAAAUUUUUUGUCUUUGCAAAAAUGAAAACGGCGCAUAUCUGUAUAAAAAUGAGCCCAUCACGAGUGAAAAGUUUCUGGAAGCUAUUGCAUGCUGUGAUAUUAUGUGCGACGUUUUGGGCGAGGGUCUGGCAACACUUGGCGCUCCGAGAUACAAGCAGUUGGUGCGUCGUAUCGCACAAACGCUGAGAAAUAUUGUUCUCCUAAUGUCUGAAGAAUGGAAUUUUUUUAAAGAAAGCACAGAAGAUAAGCCGCAGAUUCAUUCAAUAGAAAGACUUCAAACUGAAUUUGAUGAAUUCGUAAAGCGCUGCGUAGAACGAUUACUUUGCGUAGCACGGCUUGGUGUGUAUCAGUUUUUAGCGGAUUUACCAUUUAAAUCGGUGUCCCAAAGAGCUGCGGAAACGUUGUACGUUUUAAUGAACGUUCCAGCUGGCUCUCGGGCUGAGGUGGAUCAACUCGCAAUGACAAAAUAUACUCGACAAGAGUGGUUAGAUUUUGUUCAAGAUACUGACACAAAAUUAGCGUUCGAAGAUCGUCUAUCAGAAAUGCCGGAAAAUGAAAUUGUCUAUCUUUUGACCACUUUCUGCAACUUAGCGCACGCCCGACCAGCUACAGAAGACCAUUUGAUUAAUAUCAUUGCGAUGGAUGUCUACAUGGUCUCAUUCGUUUAUUCAUCGACAAGAGACAUUUGCAGCAAAAUGGGACGAGAACUCUUAUGCACAGUUGCAUCAAUGCAUCCUUUUAUAAUAUCAACAAUUUUACAGUAUCUUCAUACCAAUUCAGAGAAAAUUUCGAGCACUGCUUUUUACGCUGUUUCCGAUUUACCUUUUAACCAAUGGAUUCCUACAAAACAAGAUAUUGAGUUGUUAAGAAACUGGAUUCUGGAUCAUGCUAUCACAUCAGUACCAGUACGUCUUGUGCAAUGCAUUUUGAGAGGAAUGAACUGGGGUACUGGAGAGGAUGGAUGUCUGUUUUUACCGCACUCUUUGCACUGUGAAAUCGCACUUUUACUCGUCGAGGUUUGUCAUUUUUAUGAAAUGGAGAGAAAGCAGUCUGGUCUCUUACUAAAAAGCAUUGAUCAUGUUUCAAAAGUAGCGUCUGCUAUGCGUUCUUCUCUCUCCGUUGAAGAAGCGUUUGAAACUUGGGUGUGGAAUAUACUUCUUCGACUUAAACUCCACAGAGCGCAACUGAACUGCACAGAAAGCUUAGAAAAUCGAGACAAACCAUCACCAUUAAUGGACGCAAAUGAAGGAACGUUACUUCCGCGUUCGAACAUGGAAAAAUUGCCGCAUUCUAGUUACGUUACGAUCAUGAUGACGAGCGUUGGGCACAGUUUAAACGUCUUUUUACAACAAGGACUUACGCUGCUGAAAAAUUUAAUCGAAAGUGGCCAAAAGAUCCCUGCAGUACAAUGCUUGGCUUUCGUUAUCCCCAUGUUCAUACAAGGUGGAAUUGACUUGUCAAUUAAUAACACUUUUGUGCGUAUUUUACGAAGUUGUAUUGUACCGGACGCUUGGGUGCUCUCUAGCAUCACAAGUAAGCUUGUAGAACAAAAACCUGACGUACCACUGUUUUUGGAACUGUUAAUGGGAUCGAUCAGUGAUCUUUUGACAAUAAACGAUGCAACGACGGUGCUAACCUAUUGGAUUAAAAUGGUGCUGGCUACUCCAGGAUGGUGGGAAGAUUGCAAUUCUAAAAUAUUGCUCGAUUUUUUGUUCAAAUGUGCGUUUCAUGACAGUCCUGAAUGUAGUUUCGAAUGCGGCUCGAUUUUAUACGAACAUCAUUACGAGUUAAUGACACAUAAUCAAAAUAACUCGACGUCUCCUAAACACCAAAAUCGUUCUGUUCUGUCUUCAAUAAUCAAUGCUGUAAGUGGUGGAAACUCAUCUGGUGCUCCUUCAUUUGCUCGUGAAAUUCAAGCGCAUUUUACUUAUCUUUUUUACUACCUUAUUUCUGCCGAGUCAAGGUUUGAAGAUGAUAGUAAAUUAUGGACAACAAUGCUGCCAAUGAUGAAAUCAAAUACUGCUGAAUCAUCACUUAAAAAAGCAUCGUCACAGUUGAAAUUACAACACCAUCCUGCUUUACACCAACUUGCGUUGUAUCGCUGGGCACAGUUAGUAAUUUUAACCCUUCCAGAGCACCCCCUAGUGUCCGCGAUUUGUCAAAAUUUCUUUCUGCGAUACAUCCAUACAGACCCGUAUGUAGGAGCAAGUAUGGGACCUAAAUUUUUCAAAGGAUCAGCUGAAGAUCUGAUUUUUAAGAAGCUAGACACGAAAAUUAAUUCAAUGUGCAAUGGACAGACAGUUGAAGGUGAAUUUGAAAUGAAACUACAAAAACUUUAUCGAACAUUCGGAGUCUGGUUGGAGGAAGAAAAAUUACACGAUGACCAUUUAUACCUACCUUCGUUGCCGUCUCAUUAUGAACCUGACCUUUUAGCGACAAUCCGAACUCAAAAUAAAACCAUCUGGACACAAUAUAUCAACUUUUCUGAAAUUUCAGACGAAAUAAAACAAGUUAAUAAAAAGUGGAACAAUUUUCAUACGCAUAAUUUCAAACCUUUUCCGUCUCAUUCAUCAAGUCUUUCAAUUCAUGCUACCAGUUGUCAGCGAAUCACGCAGCUCCUGCGUCAAUUUGAGUCACCUUUGAACCUCGACCCUUCACUUGCAAGUGCAAUCGAUUUUCCAAUUCUUGUUGACCAGUUGAUUUCAUCGACACCAGAAACACUAGUUGGGGAUAUUGAGCAAGAUGUAAAAAGCGUGCUCACUCAUGCGCAAACAUUCGCAGAUUCAAAAACGAAACUCGAAAAUUUUAAUCGCAACUAUUUGGAACUAUUACCUGAUCUUUACACCAAUGAAGAACAGCGUAAAUUGGUGAAAGUAGAGUGCCAAUCAGCAUUCUCGCCAACACACAGAUGCGCAGGGCCAGCUCAAUUUCCACUAAGCUUUCUUGAGAAAUCGAUGAACGACAUAGCCUCAGAAAAUUUGAAAAAGAAUCGAGCAUCGUACCGGGAAAUUAUCAGCGUUUUAACAAAUCCAGACACAUCUCAAGAUUUCAGCUACUCUGCUGUUCACUUGAUAACGGUAGUUCAAGCAUUACUGAAAAAAGCACAGUCAUCAGAUAAUGACAAAGCGCUUUUUGAAAAUGGAGCAAAGCUUUUCUAUAACCUUGCAGAUCUGAAUUCUGAUGAAAGAUGGAAGUGUCCCCCGACAAGGCAUUUACUAAUAACCUGUAUUGAUAUGUUAGGGCAAGUCUUCAUCUAUGGACAACCAGAUCAAGCUGUUACCCUUUUAGAACAGAUGCUGAAACGCCCGGAGACAGCUGCAUUACUUUCAGCGCAUUUUUCGCCAGCGAAAUCAUGUUCUAGAGUUAAAAAUGAGGGCGGUUCACACACUGAAUUUGAUACUAAAGUGUUUGUCGACAUGUAUAAACGUGUAGUAAAUGCUGCAUCAACUGGUAACUCAUCUGACAUUCUUUUUGUACUUAUCACAAAAUUUGAUUUGGAAAAUUGGUGUGACGCGUAUAUGCCGCCGAAAUCAGAGAAAGUCACUUUGUUAGAUGCCAUAAUAAACGGUCUAGUGUCGCACACUACGUUUUUGUGGCCUCCUGAAGAUUCUACUGAAGAAACUACGCUCACAAGGUCCCAGUCUACGCAGUUAUCGAACUCCGCAGUUCAAGAAGUGUUUAUGACUCAUUUAAGCAUUUUAGUUCAGCAUUCACAGGACCAAGUCUUCUUUGAGGCUAUCAAUUCGCUUUUAGAGGCCAGUUAUAAAGGCAGUGUGGAUCCAAUUGCUUGGGAAGUUUUAACUGAUGCGGCAUUCAAUCCUCAGCAAUCAAAUGUGCAAAAUUCUGCCAGAAGUGAAUCAAAAUGUGGACUUUCAUUUGAAAUUGUUGAUACAGCAAUAAAACAGUUAGCUGUGUAUUUUUCAGAGAAAAGAAAAACAACAAAAUCAGGAUUGUACUCUACAUGGAAACCCUAUGUUCAUCCGCUAUCAAAAUUAUUCCACAAAUUAAUCAAUUUCGAAAUUAAUUACAACGAAUCAAAACAGGGUAUAAACGGCACUACCUAUUUCAGCCACCAUGCCUGCUUAGUGGACCGAAUUUUGCCGCUCUUUUCCGCAUGGCUAGAUCCGCUGAAAAUGGAAGAAAAAAUGCAAUGGCCAUGGAAACCUGACGACCAAGAAACUGUGUCGUCUAUCCUAACAGUAUUCGCGACUCUUAUCAAUUCGAUCUGUAGUGAAAAAACAAUGGAUGUGUCUCAAAGUGUGUCUUCAUUAUGGGAAUUCUAUCUUAACAAUUCUCUUUUAGCUCAUGAGAAGACAUCACCAAGUUACAUAUGCGGUUCUUAUCAAACCACGCUCAGCGCUUUACCUUGGAAUAAAUUUAUUCCAAAUUUAACAGACUUAGACAAAAUGGUCCAACUUUGUAACACUAGAAUUGAUUGUUCUCUUCAUUUCCUAUGCCAUGUUGUACCACAAAUUGACUGGUCAGCUAUCAUGAAAAUGUGUUUUAUUUCGAGCCCUGAAAAUUCUACACAUCAGUGGUCAGAACACACAUCUGAAGUAUUAUGCUACUUGUUACAUGUCUUGUAUGUUCUGAGCUCAAAUGAAGCAAGAUUACACUCUUACCCCAAAUUGCAACAUUUAUUGACUUCUAUCGAUGUUUUUCCUUGGCAUUUGAUUGGCUAUGACCAGUUUGAUUUUAUUGCCAAUAUAAUUGCGGACCAAUUUCACGCAUUCUGUACAAUUUUCGACUGUGAAGACCAGAAAUUACAAUCACCACGAUAUGCUGCUUUGAGACUACUACAAAUCGCUUCAGGGUUGCCGGUUUUGGAAAAAGAUUUUGACUGGAAAAAGGUAAUGGAAAACUGCAAUUCAAAAGAGACUGUUGAUAUUACGUGGAUGAAAAGACAAUCCUUUAUUCGGUGUGUAGGGACACUAGUUCGAAACUCAGCCAAGACACAAGAUAAGCGUGAAAUUCAAACUCUAGAAGCUGUGACAUCAAAUUUAGUUAUGAAACUAAUGAGAAGUAUUUUGCUUGUCGUACAAUUUGACUCUGGCAUUGACGAAACUAGACUUUCCUCUCUUUAUUCCGAAAUUUGGAGAAGCAUGAAUACAUUUACUCCGAAGUUACAGGAAAUCACAAGAUCACAGAUUUUAAGUUUCCUUAAUGAAGUUGUUUUAUCGACGCUUGAUUUGUCAAUGGACACACAAUCUCUACAAACUGUCGACUUGGUUUUGACAAGCAUUCUAUCUUCGGCAGCAAACACAAUUUCAAGUCCUCUGCAUUUAGCUGUAGUGGCUGAAUACGGGCUUGAUUCAUGUUUGAAAUUGAUUUCUAAGUAUCACCCAGAAGUGAACGACGAAGUGGAUAAAACCACAUCCGACGAUACGCUCCCAAAAGUUUUGAACUUGUGGCAGAAUCUUUGCCACACCCUAAGUCAAGUUUGUAAAGUCUCCCAGAGUGAGCUUAUAGAAGCAUGUCUAUCAAAUGGGUGCAUUAAUACUAUACUUGCAUUAUCGCAAAAUAUAGUCGAUGAAGCGAAACGUUGCGGCAACGGAAAUGACUCUAAUGGCCCAAUGUAUAGUGCUUUUUUCUCUAUUGUACAAUGGAUCUCGUCUUUGAUUCCGAAAAGCGAUAAUGAAGCCAAAUUGUUACUUUUAAUUGGAUAUGCAUUGAAAGUUUGUGACACGUUGGAACAGGACGCUAAACUCUCCCCAGAAUCUGAAGUUAAUCUUAGCUCAGUUUCCGAGAGUUUUCAUUCACUUCUUCCCAUGUUAGAGCACUGGAGUACUGACCGUGUUAAGACAGGCAUACUCGGAACUUUUGGAAUCGGACGUGCUACUUCAUUAUCAAUUGGAUUUCGAGUUUCUAUUCGUUGCAUCUCAGUUCAUAUUCAACAGAUAACAGCACGACUACGGCCCGAAGGAGAGGAUACUCUUACAAAAGCUCAAAUAGCCAUUGAUAGUCUACGGAAAAUGCCUCUUGAAAAUCGGACGUACACUCAAGAAAUUGACAGAAUCCAUGAACUGUUAGACCUAAUACAACAGAUUAGUGAUAAGCCUACAUGUGCUGCCCAUUUGUCUUUGAUGAAAAAUAUUUUUGCUUUUCAUUAUCAAAAAGAGGCUGAUUGGUUGCAUGUUCUAUAAUUGUAAUUUCAAAAAUGUUUUUUCAUAUCUAAAAAUGUUGGUAUUCAUGUAUCCUAUUCACAAAUUUAGUUAUAUCUGAGCUGGGGAGCCUGGGAAAAUUAAUGCCCAACAAGAUCUCGACCUAUUAGGUUCCUAUCAGAAAUUUAGACUUUAUACACUGCCAUUAGAAGUUUGAAGCUAGGAGUCCACACAGUGUUCAAAAAUGGAACAUCUGAAUAAAAUUUAUUACCAUUAAAAAGCACUCAGACUCUGCAGACUCGUUUCUAGUAUUCUAAAUAACUUGUUCAUCAACCUUCAGUUUUUUAGGCCUGAACCGUAACCAGGCGAAGUUUUAUUUCAAAGUUCUUUCAUAAUAUUAUUAUAAUUAAACUACCUAUUCUGUUUGUAUUAUCGUAACCACAAAUCACAGCCAACUUUUGGGGCCAAUUUGGGGUGUAAGGUUGAAUAUUUCUCCUUGUUUAUUUUGCAAUAUUUGUCUGUAAAUUUGUCAUUAUACUAUGCUCUAAUUAUAUGUGUAUUUUAAAUUUUGAGAUCCUAUUUCUGUCAACAUAGUUCCAAAAGAAUCCCCAUUGAAUUGUACGGUACUGCAAUAAUUUGUUCUGUAUUGUAAUUCAUUCAUAUUAUUGUUGUGAAUUUGCAUCUCUGAAACUUGUGCGCAGAUAUGAAAUGCCCAAAUUUGUGAUUUUUUAAUUUAGUCAGCAUUGCAGCCAAUUCUUAUAUUCUUAAGUAAAAUGGUAGUCCUAAUACAUCUCAGGCUACUAACCUACGACUUAAUAUUCUUAUAAUUAGGAUAAGAAUUUUAACAGCUAAUAAAGUGCUUUAGUUGAUCAUAUGACAAGCAAAGGUCUCUUACAAGUUAUGGUAACAUUAACAGUCUUUUGUCUUAUAUGCAUGAACUUGGCUGUUACCUAUAACAGGCCCACUCAGAAAAGUAAUUGCCCACUCAUGAGUUAAUUGGUUCAGCUGCAUGGACUUGAGAUGUCCAAAUACCUUGGUACAAUUUGCACAGUUCAAGCAAGUACCUAAAAUAAGCUGAUGCCAAAAUUACCAAAAACACUGUAUUGCUUACCGUAUUUCAAACUUCAUUAGUUGAUCUCCUAACCGAAUCUUCUUAAUAGAUUUAACAUUAAUAAAUCCUAUUUUUGCUGAAUUUGACAUCCAAAAUGUCUUUUUGAAAUCCGAUUUUAAAAAGUGUUCAUUGUAGCUUUUCGUACUUCCUUUUAUUAUUAUUUUUGUCAAUAAGUAUUCUAUAUUUUGUUGCUGAUGUAUUAUUCUCACUUCUCAGAGUAUUAUUGAUGGAUGGUGGAGUGAAUUUUCGACCAAUUCCUAUUUUAUUAUUUGUUAUAUAUGAGCCAUGAAUGUCCAUAGAACUAAGGGAUGCUUUGAUAAGGAUCUUUGCCCCAAAACCCAAGCGCUUUGUAAACACAAUUCAAACAUGCUGUCAAUUUCCUUUUCUACCCAAAUUCUGUAUUGCACAAAGGAAUCCAAUUUUUUGAAGUGAACCCACUUCUAAUUGGUAACUCCUUGCGAGGGCAUAUUCGGAAAUUGAAAAUUUGAUAAGGAGGGGAUUCUAAAAUUUCUAAUUGCGAAGUUAGGGCCAUAACAGCUAGCAAGUCUAGCCUGAAAACGUAGUUUUUUAGGGGUUUUGAGGGUCUAAAAAGCGUUUCAAGUUACGAAACAUUAAUGUGGGAGGGGUUGGUCCCGAUCUUUGACCCCCCUGGCUCCUAGCGUAUCUGUGAAUGCUUGCUCAUUUCCUUAUUCAGGGUGAAGACGUUGUACAGUUGAGCCUAACUGUAGUUGUGAAUUAAUGAGUUCAGUGAAUUGUACCUGCCCUCCAAAAAUUUACUACCACCGAUUUCCCUAUUAGUGUUAACAGAUAUCUUUCAUCACAGGAAUCGAUAUUUUUAUUAUAAAUCCUUCUGUUAUUAUCCAUCUCAUUGUGUUUAGUUAUUUGGGUACUUUUUUACAUUUCAAAAAGAGGGGCGCCCUGGGUCAUUUUCCACAUCAGGUGAUAUCACAUUGCUUAUUAUUUUGUAUUGUUACAUAGAAAUGGUCUGUUCUUAUUAUUUGUUUAUUUUAUUGACAAUCUGCAUGCAUGCUGUUCAUUUUAUUGCUUAAAUAUUCUGUAUGAUUUUGGUGAUGAUCACAGCAUUUAGGGGACAUGAUAGGUGCUUGUUCGUCUUUUAAAAUACUGGUAUACUAUUAUCUUUUGACUUUCUCUUUUUAUUUGUGCUCAAUGUUAAAUUUAUUAUCAGCUCAAAAGUGAAUUCUCUCAGCAGUAACAAACCAGUUAUAUAAAAGUAAUGCUCUACCGGCUUGCAUCUCUUAAUGUCGAAAAUUUGAAAUUCAUUGGUUCAUAAGUUGCUGAAAAAAACAUUUUAAUUUAGCUAAACAAUUCAUAUUAGUGUUAUGGUCCCUGUGUCAUGGUCUUACUCUUGCAAAAUUUAUCAUUUCUUGUUCGUAACUUCGCUUAAAAAUUGAUCUUCUUCAUUUUUGAGAGAGUAUGGUAUGUGCUUCUCAUUUCCUCAACCAUUAUUAUUUUUGCAUAAUGUUGAUAGCAAAUAAUAAAUAGUCCAAAUAUUGCCAGUAUUAAUGAAUAAAUGGCUUCUUAACUAUAUGCUAUAGUCUAACUUAGGGUGUGAAACCUUUAGUGCAUGAGGGCCAGAUGCAAAUAACUGGAUGAAACUGCGGGCAGCACAUUAAUUUAACAUAGGCUUUCUAGUAGUUGCAUACGCAUAAAUUUUGAUUAUUGAUUUUGUGACAUGUGCUGUCCACUUAGGCUAGCUGUUAAGGCAUUGCAACCCCAUGGGCAGAUUGAGCUAAAUUAAACACUCGUUUCGUGGGCCGCACAAUUUUUCAUUGAGGGCCGCCGCUUGCACACCCCUCGUCUCUAACUGGCUUAAUUAGCUGCAUUAAAACAUGUUUUCUUUUUUUUUGUCACCUGUUAUUUUGGUAAUGAAGACCGUGCUUAUUGGGUAUUUAUGAUUUUUUGGAAGCAAAUAUUAUAUUUUUGUUUGUGCUUUUUAUCUAUGCUUGUUUCAACACUGCAAUAUUGAAAUUGUAAAAUGAAUAUUAUUAAUUUUAUUGUAAAGUUAUAUAUUCUUUAUGUUGUUUUAUUAAUGUGAUCUUGUCUUUUUAAUUUAGAAAAA